CGUCUGCCGGGUCAAUGUUAUAUAAUAAAAGUAGUGAUACGACGGCGUUUAAACAUUUACUACUAGUCACACCGCGACAUGGAACGCACCAGUUUUAUCUUUACUCCAUUAAUCUUAUAAGACGUCGGUAGAAAUAAUGAUAGCAAGUCCACGGCCUUGACCGUUCAGUAUUUGCGUACCCAUUCACACAUAUUUUGUAAUCAAACAUUCGAAAUAUUAUUUUUUAACUCUAAGUUUUUUAAUAGAAGCGAAUUAAAAUACAAUAAUUGGCAAUAAACUGGAAUGAAAAAUGAAAACGUCCGCUGUAUUUUUAGCUAAAAGUCUCAUGAAAAGCAUCAUACGACAAACAGAAAAGGAGGUCACAAUUAAAGCUCCAUGGGGUAAUAUAAAAGCUUUAACUUGGGGCAACCCGUCCAACCCUCCGGUGUUGCUGUGCCACGGAAGACUGGACGCCUGCACCUCGUUCCGUCCCCUGGCCGCGCUGCUACCGGACACUUUUUUCUAUGUGACUGUAGAUUUGCCAGGGAACGGACGUUCCGACCACCUGCCAAAAGGCGCGAGAUACACGAUAUUGGAUUUUGUGCCUACAAUUCAAAAGAUUAAGGAUUAUUUUAAAUGGAACAACUUCGCGUAUAUUGGACAUUCAUUGGGAGUUAUCAUAAGCAAGUAUUACGACAUAGCGUAUCCAGGAGAUAUCUUGCGCAGCGUCGAAUUGGACCCUAUGCCAGCAUACUUCACCUUCAGCCCUGAUGAAUUAAGCAAUUGGUAUAAAUUCAGCUAUGAAUUAUUCUACAGUGAAGAGCGCUAUCCGAAACUCAAUGGGAGCUUGGAGACAGCUCCGAAGUACACCUAUGAACAGAUUCUUGAGCUAACAAUGAAGAGUAGAGGUCUGUCCAGGGAACCGGCGGAGCAAAUUCUAGAAAGGUCUCUGGUGCCUGCUGGCGACGGGUUGUAUUGGUUGGUAUACGAUCAACGAAUGAAAGUAUUAGCAAUGCUCCCACACUCGCCCGAACAGUUACAAAAAAUCUAUACCUCGCUGACAACACCCACAUUUUGUAUUUUAGCAACAGAGACCCUAAAAACGGGUCACUACGACAAAGUGCCGUUCGUUAAAGACGUAACACUUUGGCCAAAUAAGAACUACAGGGUUAAAAUAGUGGAUGGCGGUCAUGACGUGCACGUGGAGAGACCAGAGUGCAUUGCGAAGGACAUUUCUGAGUUUUUAUUGGAAAAAAUUUGAUAUUAAUACUGGUGUUGUGUGCCAGGCAAUGGAUAAUUAUUUAUUUCCUUUUAAGUGAUAAUUUAUUAUGAUUUCAUUACACUCGUUAUAAGUGA